AUGUGCGAGGAAAGACUAAAGGAGGAAACAAAAUUAAAAGUGGAAUCCACAAGGAAAUGUUUUGCAUGUGAGGUGUGUGGCAAGGAAUUGUCUCAAAAGAGUCACAUAAGCAUUCACAUGAGAGUCCACACAAAGGAGAAGCCAUACAACUGUGAAAUUUGCAACAAUACCUUCUCACGAAAAAAUAAUCUGGUCAGGCACAUGAGAAUACAUGCACUUGAGAGACCAUACAGCUGCGAUAUUUGUAAUAAAGCCUUUUCUGAGAUUGGUCAUCUUGAGAAGCCAUACAGUUGUGAAAUGUAUAACAAGGACUUCUCAGAAAAAUCUAGUCUAGCAGUGUUUGUGAGAGUACAUAUAAAGGAGAAGCCAUACAAAUGUGAGCUUUGUAACAAGAACUUUUCGCUUAGGGCUAAUCUAGUGAGUCAUAUGAGAUUACGCACAAGGAGAAGCCAUAGUGCUAAAUCUAGUUUAAACAGGGCAAAUGAGAAGUACUCACAAAGGAGAGUCAUACAGCUGUGA